AUGGCAAGAACUCCAAGACACCGCGACUUAUCAAGCCGGCGACUUAGGUCAUCUCCUCUUGAUGCACCUUCCCACUACCAGAAAGCAACAAGGGCAGCCAAGGAAAAUAAAUUGAAGUUAACCUCGGAGAAAAAGGAUUGGAAACAUGCCACUUGCCCAAUAUGCUUGGAGCGUCCACAUGAUGCUGUCCUCCUGCUGUGUUCUUCACAUACCAAAGGUUGUCGACCAUACAUGUGUGGAACCAACUAUCACCAGUCUAAUUGUCUCGAACAGUUUAAAAAUGCUUAUGUGAAGGAGAAACCGGCAAAUGAAGUAUCAAUUGCAGUGGCAGCAGCUAGCAAGAAGCCAAAGGAUGUGGAGCUUGCUUGCCCUAUCUGCCGUGGGGAAGUGAAAGGCUGGACAGUGGUUGAACCAGCCCGGCAAUUUCUCAAUCGCAAGAAGAGAACUUGCAUUCAUGAAGACUGCUCAUUCAUUGGAUCAUAUAAGAAACUCUGCAAGCAUGUGAAGGCCAGACAUCCUUCAUCAAAACCUCGUGAAGUUGACCCGGCACGUUUGGCUGAAUGGAAGGAGCUUGAAAGUGCAAAGGAGAGGCAGGAUGCAAUCAGCAUAGUCACAGGCUUGAAUCCAGGAUCCAUGAUUAUUGGGGACUAUCUUAUUGACCCCAAUAGUGGCAGCAGCGAUUCUUUCAUGGAUAACUCUGAUUGGAGUGAUGACUCUGACUCUUACACGUUUCCUGAUGGUGGUGAUAUUAUGUUUUCUGGAGCUCCUGAUAUCCGAUCAUUACGAAGAGUGGUUCGCAGAGCUUACAGGACAAGUGGGGCAAGACCAAGGCAAAAUGUCCAGCGUCGCGCUCUAACCAUCUCCAGAAGCAGUGGAAGGCGUCGAUGGCCGCAGGUUGGUUCUGCUCUGUCAGCUCGGAUGCCGAUGGGGAGACAAGCAAGAUCCACGAUUGACAGCUGA